AUAUAGUUCACAUGGCUACUCUCGCCUUCCACUUCUUAGCCUUAUCUUUCCUCUGCAAUCUCUCAACUCUUCCUUUGCUCACCAAUGCUGUCUCCAACUGCGGCGGAAGCUGCAGCACCCUCAACGACUGCGCGGGCCAGCUCAUUUGCGUCAACGGCAAAUGCAACGAUGAUCCUGACGUGGGCACGCACAUCUGCGGUGGCGGCGGCGGAGGAGGAGGAGGUGGUGGAACUUGCCAGGCUUCAGGCAGUUUAAACUGCAAGGGUAAAUCCUAUCCUCAGUAUCGUUGCUCCCCGACAGUCACGUCCUCCACGCAAGCCAUCCUCACCCUCAACGACUUCAGCGAAGGCGGCGACGGCGGAGCACCGUCCGAAUGUGAUGAACAGUACCAUAGCAACUCGGAGCGCGUGGUGGCGCUAUCGACGGGAUGGUACAACAACGGGUCACGGUGCGGGAAGAUGAUAAAGAUCACGGCCAGGAACGGGAAGAGCACGACGGCGAAAGUGGUGGAUGAGUGUGACUCGGUGAAUGGGUGUGACAGCGAGCACGCGGGACAGCCACCGUGCCGGAACAACAUCGUGGAUGGGUCGCAGGCUGUGUGGAAUGCGCUGGGGCUUAAUUCGGACGUGGGCCAGGCACAGGUCACCUGGUCUAUGGCAUGAACUAUUCGUAAGAAAAAUUAAAUAAUAAAAGCAUGAUAGACAAAUUUCUCUAGUCUGGAAAUAAAGUUCACAAAGCAGGAAAAUAAUCCCUAUUGUGAACACAACGAUCAUCCUUGUAAGGUACCUCGUAGAUCAUCAACAAAGUAAGAAUUUGGUUGUUGAUCCAUGAAAUCCCUACAUUACGUGCACUUUAACUUUAUGUCUUCUGAGAGGGAUGGUGUAAUAUUUCUAUAAUGAAACUUUAAUGUCCCCCCCCCCCCCCUCUCUCUCUCUCGGUGGAAGAUAUUGCGAAUUUCGUAGAAUCUCUAUAUUCUUUAA